UAAUUGCACACGACAUAAACACUCGGCAGUAGGAUUUAGGGUUUCCUUGCCUUACAAAGCCCUCCCCUACGCCGCCGCCGCCCCGCCCGCUGCGAAACCCUCUUCGCCAGCCUCGCCGCUUCCUCCCAGAUCUUUCCAUGGCGUCGGAGAAGAAGCAGUUGAAUCCGAUGCGGGAGAUCAAGGUCCAGAAGCUCGUGCUCAACAUCUCUGUCGGCGAGAGCGGUGAUCGCCUCACCCGUGCCGCCAAGGUGCUCGAGCAGCUGAGCGGGCAGUCACCAGUGUUCUCCAAGGCGAGGUACACUGUGAGGUCGUUUGGCAUCAGGCGUAACGAGAAGAUCGCAUGCUAUGUGACAGUGAGGGGAGAGAAGGCGAUGCAGCUUCUGGAGAGUGGCCUGAAGGUGAAGGAGUACGAGCUGCUGAGGAGGAACUUCAGCGAGACAGGGUGCUUCGGGUUUGGCAUCCAGGAGCACAUUGAUCUUGGCAUCAAGUAUGACCCAUCCACCGGUAUCUAUGGCAUGGACUUCUAUGUCGUCCUUGAGCGUGCCGGUUACCGUGUUGCCCGCCGUCGCAGGUGCAAGUCCCGUGUUGGUAUCCAGCACAGGGUCACCAGGGAGGACGCCAUGAAGUGGUUCCAGGUCAAGUAUGAGGGUGUCAUCCUCAACAAGGCCCAUGCCAACACCUAAUAAGGCAUCACAAGACGAGCUUUGUCCCUCUGUAAAACUGGAGUUAAUUAAGUUUAUCCGGAGGUUGGAUUUGUAUUAGAAGAAAUCAAAUGUUUUAUCAGUUUUGCCUGUAUUUGAGUUGGAUCUCUUUUCGGGUGUUCUGUACUCUCAGCUUAAUGGCCACUUCUGUUUGACCCUCGUGGCAGCAAUAGAUACAUGUCUGGCGUAUUCUGU